GACCUCAAAGAUUUCUUCCCCAAAACUUUUUCCAAAAAAACAAAUCGUAGUUUUUGAUGGAUUACAGAUACAAAUCGUACUCUUCUCCGUCGACGAUCGCCGUUUCUACGCCGUCCGAUUGCAAGAACCUCUCAUCUCAGCCGUCCGAUCUCUCCUUCUCCCUCCGGUCAACGCCCUGGUUACGAGAGCUCUGGGUACCUCUCUUCAAAUAGUAAUCGAAAUUAGAUAAAAUUCUGCUGAUCACACUGAGAUAUUGAGGGCUUCACAAGCUUGAUUUUUCUAUUACUUUCUUCUGGGGAAAUAAGUACUGCGUGCAACUUUUAACACCUUUCAUCCAUCAAGUACAGGAUACAGUUUAUCUUGUUUCCAUCACUGUGAAGUCCUCUAAAAUCAACCCAUGCAGCGUCCAAGAGGUCAAGGUUGGGCUGACUUCGAUCGCAAGCAGCGACACAAGCAAGGCACUGGAACCGAAUACAAUGUGGAUCCUUACCCCUCCAUCUCAGAAACGACAUCUAAUGCUGCUAGACCUUUUUUGAAAACUAAUUAUGUAUCAAUAAAGCCUUUUUCUUCAAUAAUCCACCCUUAUUCAGGAUUUCAACAGGUUGAGGGUGAUUCCAAGACCCAGAUUGUAAAUGACAAUUCUGUCACAAAGCAUCACAUUGAUGAAAUGACGAGAAAAUCUGACGCAACACCGGUUACGAUGCUUAAAGAUAAACAUCCAUGGGCUGAUCAAACUCUAAUUGAGGAUGUUUUAGUAGCCGUAAAUAAUGAUGUAGACCAAACUUCUGUUCUUUUAAAAGAAAUGGUUAUGUCUGAGUCCCAAUUAGAGGACCACAGCCUUUCUGGCCCAACUUCAUCUACAGAGAGUUAUACUUGUGAAAUUAAAAGUAAAUGCUUGACUGAAAGUAGUGUCGUGGAAAAUAAGUUACCAGAUCGGGAUCAUGAGGUGUCAAUGUCCAAAAGCACAUUGUAUGUGCCUGUUGAACCGGAGUGGGAAGAGGACGAUGUUUACUUGAGCCACCGGAAAGAUGCUAUUAGGAUGAUGAGGUUGGCAUCUCAGCAUUCACGUGCUGCUAGUAAUGCCUUUUUGAGAGGCGACCAUGUUUCAGCACAGCAGUAUUCCUCGAGGGCACGCGAUGAGUGGUUGUCUGCUGAAAAAUUGAAUGCUAAUGCUGCCAAAAAAAUACUAUCCAUCAGGAACAACCAAAAUGACAUAUGGAAUAUAGAUUUGCAUGGCCUACAUGCCUCUGAAGCUGUAAGCGCAUUGAAGGACCAUCUGCAGAAUAUUGAAGAGAUGCCACCAAGGCGUUCAGCUUCUUCUGAUAAGUUAACAAAGCUGGAAGGUGGUAUUUCACGUUCUGCAUCUUGUGAGUAUGUUGGUGGAAUAGAAGCAAACAGUGAGACGAAGAAAAAGGAAUUACCCCAGCAGAGGCAGAUGAUACUGAAUGUUGUCACAGGCAUGGGCAAUCACAGCAGAGGACAAGCUGCACUACCUUUAGCAAUUAAAAGCUUUCUCAUUGAAAAUGGAUACCGCUUCGAUGAUGCAAGACCUGGUGUGUUUGCUGUUCGUCCAAAGUUUCGCCAUAAGUGAUUCCGGAAAUCAUGUCAUGUAUUUCUUCCACUAUGAUGAUUUUUUCAGUUAAUUUAGGUCUAUCCAUUUUAUUUUCUUGGGUUGCAGUGGUGCAUUGUACUAUGCCCAGUUGUUUAUGUAUUAUGGGGAUGCAGUUACAUUUUCUUCUGUCCUACCAUUUAUGUUAAUUUUUUAGCUGUUCUUUAUGGGAAAUGUACUUUCUUGUGA